AUCCCCAGAUCCCAAAAUCCCAGAUCCCCAUCCCCAGAUUCCCAGUUCCCCUGCCCCAGAUCCCCAUCCCCAGAUCCCCAGCCCCAGAUCCCCAGAUGCCCAGCCCAGAUCCCCAGAUCCCCAGUGUCCCAGCCCCAGAUCCCCAUCCCCAUACCCCAGCCCCAGAGCCCCAGCCCCAGAUCCCUAGCACCAGAUCCCCAGAUCCCCAGAUCCCCAGCCCAGAUCCCCAGUGUCCCAUCCCCAGAUCCCCAGCCCCAGAUCCCCAGUUCCCCUGCCCCAGAUCCCCAGCCCCAGAUUCCCAGAUCCCCAGUUCCCCAUCCCCAGAUCCCCAGCCCCAGAUCCCCAGAUGCCCAGCCCAGAUCCCCAGAUCCCCAGUGUCCCAGCCCCGGGUUCCCCAUCCCCAGAUCCCCAGCCCCAGAGCCCCAGCCCCAGAUCUCCAGACCCCCAGCCCAGAUCCCCAGAUCCCCAUAUCCCCAGCCCAGAUCCCCAGAUCCCCAGUGUCCCAGCCCCAGAUCCCCAUCCCCAUAUCCCCAGUACCCCAGAUCCCCAGCCCAGAUCCCCAGAUCCCCAUAUCCCUAGCACCAGAUCCCCAGAUCCCCAUCCCAGAUCCCCAGGUCCCCAGUGUCCCAGCCCCAGAUCCCCAUCCCCAGUUCCCCAGCCCCAGAUCCCCAGCCCCAGAUCCCCAGAUCCCCAGCCCAGAUCCCCAGUGUCCCAGCCCCAGAUCCCCAUCCCCAGAUCCCAUGAGCCCCAGAUCCCCAGACCCCCAGCCCCAGAUCUCCAUCCCCAGAUCCCCAGCCCCAGAUCCCCAGUUCCCCAGCCCCAGAUCCCCAGAUGCCCAGCCCAGAUCCCCAGAUCCCCAGUGUCCCAGCCCCAGAUCCCCAUCCCCAGAUCCCCAGAGCCCCAGCCCCAGAUCCCCAGAUCCCCAGAUCCCCAGAUCCCAAGCCCAGAUCCCCAGAUCCCCAGUGUCCCAGCCCCAGAUCCCCAUCCCCAGUUCCCCAGCCCCAGAUCCCCAGCCCCAGAUCCCCAGAUCCCCAGCCCAGAUCCCCAGAUCCCCAGUGUCCCAGCCCCAGAUCCCCAUCCCCAGAUCCCAAGAGCCCCAGAUCCCCAGACCCCCAGACCCCCAGCCCCAGAUACCCAUCCCCAGAUCCCCAGCCCCAGAUCCCCAGUUCCCAGCCCCAGAUCCCCAGAUCCCCAGCCCCAGAUCCCCAUUCCCAGAUCCCCAGCCCCAGAUCCCCAGUUCCCCUGCCCCAGAUCCCCAGUUCCCCAGCCCCAGAUCCCCAGAUGCCCAGCCCAGAUCCCCAGUGUCCCAGCCCCAGAUCCCCAUCCCCAGAUCCCCAGAGCCCCAGCCCCAGAUCCCCAGCACCAGAUCCCCAGAUCCCCAGAUCCCCAGAUCCCAAGCCCAGAUCCCCAGAUCCCCAGUGUCCCAGCCCCAGAUCCCCAUCCCCAGAUCCCCAGAGCCCCAGCCCCAGAUCCCCAGCACCAGAUCCCCAGAUCCCCAGAUCCCAAGCCCAGAUCCCCAGAUCCCCAGUGUCCCAGCCCCAGAUCCCCAUCCCCAGUUCCCCAGCCCCAGAUCCCCAGCCCCAGAUCCCCAGAUCCCCAGCCCAGAUCCCCAGAUCCCCAGUGUCCCAGCCCCAGAUCCCCAUCCCCAGAUCCCAAGAGCCCCAGAUCCCCAGACCCCCAGACCCCCAGCCCCAGAUCCCCAUCCCCAGAUCCCCAGCCCCAGAUCCCCAGUUCCCAGCCCCAGAUCCCCAGAUCCCCAGCCCCAGAUCCCCAUUCCCAGAUCCCCAGCCCCAGAUCCCCAGUUCCCCUGCCCCAGAUCCCCAGUUCCCCAGCCCCAGAUCCCCAGAUGCCCAGCCCAGAUCCCCAGUGUCCCAGCCCCAGACCCCCAUCCCCAGAUCCCCAGAGCCCCAGCCCCAGAUCCCCAGCACCAGAUCCCCAGAUCCCAAGCCCAGAUCCCCAGAUCCCCAGUGUCCCAGCCCCAGAUACCCAUCCCCAGUUCCCCAGCCCCAGAUCCCCAGCCCCAGAGCCCCAGCCCCAGAUCCCCAGUUCCCCUGCCCCAGAUCCUCAGCCCCAGAUCCCCAGAUCCCCAGCCCCAGAUCCCCAGCCCCAGAUCCCCAGCCCCAGAUCCCCAGUUCCCCUGCCCCAGAUCCUCAGCCCUCAGCCUCAAAUAA